AUGGAAGUACGAUCAAAGCCCCGAGUUUUAGGCCUCGACACACUCAGCACGGCUCAGGGAGUCGAUGGACCAGAGGAAAGGAAUUCUGAGUGGGCCAAAAGAGCAGCUCCAGAAAUGCCUCGACGCAUAUUCAGAGCUGCCCACGACGCCCGUAAACCAGGGCGCACACAGACUCCCUCUUUUCCCCUUGUCUCUUUCUCACAUCUCUCUUUAUCUUCCUUUUCUAUAAUCUCACAUAGAAUCAGGAUUCAUCCAGAGCCAGAACUUGAGAGGGACAAGAAGGAGAAGAAGAAAAAGUCAGGACUGAGAGGGAGCAGGAGCAGGAGCCUGGUGCUGAGGCUGGUAUGAGGCAAGUGUUCGUGUACGAGUGUGUGUGUGUGUGUGAUGAGUGUGUAAGUGUGCACACGUAUGCUGAGUGCUCUGUACCAGCCGUUUGUCUGCUCCAUCAAUGAGGACGUUGUUGUUGUUGUUGUAAAGGGUUAGCGGUGGUGUCAGUGCUCCUGCCUGGGUGCUACACGCUCUUCUCUCCCGCUGCUGCUGCUGAUGUUCAGGCUGGACACACUCGCUCCGCUCUCGGCCUUUUGUUGGCAUGCAGAUGGUGGAGCUUGACGCCACUUUAGGGGAAAAAGUUGGUCUUAUCAAAGUCUGCAGACAGUGAGGCAUUGUGGGCCGAAAGGUUUCAAAAUGAGUCAUCUUAUUUUUCAAUUGAGUUGUUCUUUCGGUUAAAGUUUAACGAGCUCAACUGACUCAGAUUGAAAUAAAAACACAAGAAGUAGAAAUGAAAAGAUGUUUGGGUGUGCUGGAUACCUACGAAUGGCCAAAAGACAUUUAAAAGGUUGUACAAUCGUGCAAAAAUCUGCAAAAAAACGCUAAAAAAUAGUGUUUCAGAAAUGAUGAUACUUGCAUUUUGUGUGUGGUCUAGUAAAAACCUACAAGGGCUUGAAAGAAAACUGCACAUGAAAGAUGUUUAAAAGUGAGAUAAAAAUGCAAAAAUAACACCCAAAGUUAUUUGAAAUCAAUGCUAUUAUGUAAAUAUCACAGAUAAAAGCUCGAUAUCAGUGUUCAAACAACAACAUCACUUACUUCAUGUGCAUCAGGACACUUCUUGAACUCGUUUAUCAUUUCGUUUUUUAUUCUGCUGGAAUCUUAACAGUUUAAAAAUCGCUUAUUAACCUGAAUUAGAUCUUAUUCAUUUUGAAUAAGACUAUAGAGGGUUAAGAUUAAUGCCUUUUAAGAAUGAAUAAAUCCUUAAUCACUCACUUAAUAACGUCUUACAAUACUUGUCUGCAGCUACUGGAUCUAAAGUGAAAGAAAUAUUUUAUUAAAUUUAAUAAAUCCUUAAUAAAGCAUUCAUUAACAGCUAACAGUUCUCCUGUGCAGCUUAUAAACACUGAUUCAUGUAUGUGAUCUUUUUAAAAUAAGUGACUUAUUGACUGUUAUUAAUCAGUUCUUAUUACAAGGACCUUAAAAUAAAGUGUUAUCAAACAGUUUCACUGAUAUUCUGUUUUGUUGAAUGUUAAUUUUAGUAUUUAAAAGACUGUACUGAUAAUAAUUCCAUUAUCUACAACCCUCAAAGUGAUACUUUUGGUUUUAUUUUAACGUGAUAACUUGUGUGAAAAGUUAUUGAAUUGUUCCCCAAAGCUGCUUCUUUAAUAAUGAUCACCUCUGCAGACCUUUAGUGGCUCCAAACCUCACAUAAGACAUUAUAAUCUAAUAACGGCUUUCACACUUCUUCUAAUUUACACACUGAUGGUGGAGGAUACUAAUGAGGAUUAACUACGUCCAUUCACACCACUGACUGUGUCACUGAGAACAAUUUGGGGUCAUCUUGUCGUAUGUGCAAUUGAUAAAAAUUAACUACCACCUUUGACAGUAAAAUUACUCUAGAAGCUGCUAGAUUACUGCUAGAAGCUCAAGCUCGCCAUCACAAUCCGUGCAAUCUUCCUCAAAUAUCUAUAAUUAGUGACUUUUUUAUUAUGUUGCGUGGACUGCUAAAUCUGCAGCUCUUUUGCAACAUAGAAUAAACAGAAUUAUUUGCAUUUUUCCCAAUACAUGAGACUAUAAAUUGGUCAUGGAUUCCCUGGGGGAAGUUGGGAAGUGUUAACCACCGAGCUCUAAAACACACAAUCCACUCUAAGGCCUGCCAUCUGCACACACCGGCUGCUGCAACAUGAGGCAAAGUCCUCUACUCAUAUAACUGCAUGUGUUAAAUCUAAACCCAAUAACUGUCGUCAGAGUGACAUUUUAUAUUUCAUUUAUCGAACUUGGACAGCUUCGUCUUUCUUCAAAUACAAGUGAGGGUAAAAGGGAAACAACGUUGGGCAUCUUAACGUACAUUAAAUGAGUAAUCUAUUUGCAUUGGACGUUUUAAAUGAGCAGGAAGUUUGACAACAGAAUUUUUGGAAAACUUUUUUUCUUGUCCCAUGUUCAAAAGGGUGAAAUAGAGUUUAAUCUCUUUUGUAAUAAGCCUUGAUAUUAAAAAAGGAACAAAAACCGCAAAAAAUACAGUGUGAAUUCAUUGAAUAAUACAUUUUUAUCACUCAUUUAUGUUCUUUAGGUUACAAUUUCUUAUUGCUUUUGCUUCUCUCCUGCUUUAAGCUGUUGUGUAUGCUUGGGUGAUUGGCCAUCACGGCAAAAAGACAAUUUCAACAUCAUUUUGACUGAAUGAGCACUGCUGUGUUGCCUCAUUGAUUUUAGCUUUGUUGAAGACUAUCAUAUAAUUAAGCUCUUUUACUACUUGGUGAAGUAACAGUGUGCACACAGUAACCUAAAAUGUCAUUAAAUUGAGUUCAACAUGGUAGACUAAUAGUUUAUUAUUAUUCGAUCACCUGUUAAAGCUUCAAUCUGGAAGCUCUGGGUUGCACCAGCUACACUUGAGUUUAAACUUAGUUUAGUUUGGAAGUAAAUUCUGAUUUCAGACAUCAGAUGAGAUAGUUUCCAUAAAAGUAUAAGUAAGAACUUGAAUCUAACACGUGGCUGUGAGAAGGUGUUAGGUCUUCCUCAAAUUCAGCUUGUAAUGACACAUUGUUUUGAAAGACGAGGUAACUUGGAAGGGGAUGAGAUUUUACUUGCUGUCUUGUGUGGACAUCAUAUUUCCCAAGACAUAUUUCAACAAUUCAUUUAAGGUAUAUAUACUGUUUAUAUUCACUCUGAUUGGUACUCCUGCUGUCGUUUUCCACAGGCAGAGACCUGCAGAGUGCCAAUAAAAUGAUAUUAAAUCUAUGAUAGAUGGUGAAUUCGUCACUCAAGGUCACUGUUGUAAUUUUAAAAGCUUUUAUCAUCAUCCAUCAGCCUGUUUCAAGGCAGUCGAGUUAGCACUUUAACGCUCCAAUGAAAAGCAACAGAAAUCUGGUCUGUUUGGACAUCAUGGUCCAAUAUUUAGGUUGAACUUGAGUGUUAAUUUAGUUGACAAAAUUAUGACAAUAAAUGUUCGUCAGUGACCUGUCUUAUAUGAUGAAAGCCAAACAAAGAAGUGCUAGAAUAGAUACUAUAUAACACUUACAAUGCAAACUCUGAAGAAUUUAGGUCUGGGCUUCGUUGACCAGGUGAUAACAAGACGUAAAUGUUUUGGGUGAAACGUUUGGCAUUUAAAAUCAUCAUAUUUCCACCUUGAAUAUGAGCAGUGAUUCCUGGAACAGACUGAGUUAGUGACACAGAGUUAAUUUUGUCAAUCAUCUGCAACAAGCGUACCAUCGCCCUCUUUGCCUCCAUGCAUCUUUCUCUAAAUUAUAAACUAUUUCAGCUGCAUUUUGAUGAAGAUGCAACCAGCUGCUGGGGCGACGUCAGUUUAAUGUUUGGUAUUUUUACUGCUACAUGUUUAAACCUUGCUCUAUCCUCCUUUGGGGACAUGUUACAGAGAAAAUUUAAGGAGAAGUUUUGUAGAGAAGAUAAACUUUAAGUCAUUGGAGAUUAAGAUGAAACUAAGAGUACAGUGGACGAAGUGUUUGUCCAGUGUGCUUCUCCAAGAGCCAUUUUUGGGCUCUAAGACAUGAGGGGUUGAACCUGGACAACGCUACAUUCAUCCCUCUGAGCCUAACACAUCUGACAGUAAAACAGACAGAGACUAUCAUGUUUCAAAGCAAAGUAAUUUUUUAAUUCAAAUAAAGAUCACAGCUGCUGUAAUAGCACCAAAUUCUCUAAUUCUUGUGCAAUACUGCAAAUGUUCUACAUCUCAGAAUAAAUUGGGUUGCAUUUGUACACAGAUGCUGGUGUCACUGAGUGUUGUUAAACUGAUGUAUUUCUUGCACAGCAAACACUUAGUGUCAGUUCUUCACUGGUGACAUGAUGUGUGGUGACUGGAGUUUGGCGUGGUGUCACAGUUCAGCCAACACUGAGUGUCAUUCAGUGGACGAGCUUACGUACGGAGACCAUAAUGAGAGACUCUACAGAGGGGCAGCUAACAGGUGCUGACUGACUGACGCUGAGCUUGUGUGACUUACUCUGCCGCUGUGUGAGCGAGGAGACGGUGAGUGAUGUCACUGUCCGAUGAUGCUGAUGUCACCUUUUUUCUUGUUACAGAGAAAGAGGCUGUCGGGCCGUCUGGGUGUGAGCCAACACCCUCUAGUGGAGCUGCUGACCGGGCUGCAGAGCUUCUGUCUGUUUCUAACCAUCUGA